CACCUCCGGCCAAGCCCCGGGAUGUGGGGAGGAAGCUGUGGGUGCUCGCGGGCCCCUCCGAGGCCCAUCCCCGAGGCAGGGGCACAUCCGGACCCCCCCUUCCUCAGGCAUUAUCAGCGGGGACACCCGCGGGGAGAGCUCAGCGGUGCCACGGGGACGAUGUACGGCAACAUCGAGCCCGGCCAGCCCAGGGAAGGGCAGAAAUGGGUGCUGGGGCCUGGUGGCAAGGAAGGUGAGCCCACCCCUGUUGGGAUGAGGCCGUGCAGCCCGAAUCGGGGCCCUGCAGCCCCGUCGGGACCGGCCGUCACCCCCUCACCCUCCCCAGCGCGCCCGUGCUGCUCCCAGGAGAGGCUGGUGCUGGUGGGCGCCGUGGCCCUGGGGGUCUCGGUGCUGCUCAACGUCCUCCUCCUCGCCCUCGGCUCACGGCGCAUCGCAGCCCUGACGGUGGCCCUGGAUGAAGCGGAGACGGUGAAGCAGCCGCCCAACGUGGCCUCCGCGCCCUUCCUGCUGUACAACGAAGCGCACGACAAGUGCGUGGAAGCGCGCGGGCGGCAGCUGACGGCGGCGCCGUGCCGGCCCCAGGCCGAGGGGCAGCGCUUCCAGUGGCUCCCCGGGGAGCGGCUGCGGAGCGCGGGGGGGUCCCGCUCCUGCGUGACGGCGGCCAAGGAGAAAAACCUGUCCACGGUGUGGCUGCAGCCGUGCCGCGAGGACGGCAGGCUGCAGCGCUGGGAGUGCCGCGACGGCACGCUGCUGGCGCUGGCCGGCCACGACCUCUAUUUCAAUUACGGCAACAACCAGCAGCAGACCGUGAUGCUCUACAUCGGGGACCGCGAGUGGAGCCGCUGGGUCGCCCACGGGAGCAAGGACAACGUCUGCUCGCGCUCCAGUUGCCCCCCCUGCUCCAGAGGCUGGACCUAUUUCGAGGGCUCGUGCUAUUUCCGCUCCGCGACGCCGAGCACCUGGGAGACGGCGAGGGGCUUCUGCUCGGCCCUGGGCACGCGGCUGCUGGAGGUGGACAGCCCCGAGGAGAGGAAUUACAUCAAGACCUUUCUGCAAGCCUCCUCCUGGCUGGGCAUCACGGACAAAGAGGUCGAGGGCACCUGGAAGCGGGCAGACGGCACCGUCCUGCCCAAGGGGCACAGCUCCUGGCACAGGGACGAGCCCAACGGGGGGCAGCAGGAGAAUUGCGCCGUGGUGCGCGUGGACGGCACGUGGUUCGACUACCCCUGCACCAGUCAGCUCCCCUGGGUGUGCGAGGGGCAGCCCUGAGCGUGCAGGGGGGGGGCACCUCGAGGGUCUGUGUCCCCCCCCCCCAAGUCCCCGUCACUGCCCCAGAGCCCAUCGCCACGCCUGCCCUGCAGCCCCGCAGCACCGCCGCUCACCGCUUCGGCCCCCAGCACCGCUCCCUCGGGGCGAGAUUCGGUGUUGGGGGCGCACCGGGGGGGUCCCCGUGGGAUAAUAAAUGGGUGCACAGAGUGA